CAAUUGGAAGCAUGACGUUAGUCUGUCGAUUGGCGUCCACCGCCUCACAAGCGCGUGAGAAAAACGGCCAUUUCCGUCUUAGCUAUUUCUUUCCCACCAAAUGAAAAUGCUGUCGGCUGAUUCACAUCGCGUCCUGUUCUUAAAAUAUCAGGUGCGGCAACACGACUUCAAUCAGCAGUUGGAAGAUUGCCGGCCAUUAUCAGAAGCAUCAUCUUUUGGUGCUGGCGAAGAUCUACCCGGCGAAGUUCGUUUGAGAGAUAAACAAAGGCAAAUGCAACAACAGCAACAACAGCAGCAGCGACCACUGACGCGUUAUUUGCCCGUCCGUGGGGACGGUUUCGACUUGCACCAGCAUGUUGAAACAGCCGGGCAUCAGGUGGAACUCUGCCCGCACGUCACUCUGACCUCGACGUCAGCCCGUGGUUACUUGCACAAAAUGGGCUCGCGAUUCAAGACGUGGAACAAACGCUGGUUUGUUUUUGACCGGACGCAACGCACCUUCCUCUAUUUUACUGACAAAAGCGAAACGCGCAAACGCAGUGGUGCAUACUUCCAGGCAAUUGAAGAAGUCUACGUUGACCAUCUGCAGUCUGUCCGUUCGCCCAAUCCUAAGCUGACAUUUUGUGUCAAAACACGUGAACGCACAUACCAUUUGAUGGCGCCCAGCGCCGAGGCCAUGCGCAUCUGGGUUGAUGUAAUCUUCACUGGAGCUGAAGGCUACCAGCAGUUUCACGUUUGAAGUUUUAAAAUAUGAUUCUCCAUCUGGAUCGCAACAAAGCAAAGGGCAAAACUGGAACUAAAGGCGCUUAUAAUGAAAUGAAGCCGUGGCCAACCCUUGUAUAAAAGAAGUAUUCAAUUAUGAUAAAGAGUAAAAUCAAGAAUCAACCACAUAUGUUCCUAUUUGACGUUGAUUUGAAGGAAGGAGUUUGUUUUAAAUCCCUUUACUUUUAUUUCGCCUUUUAAAAUGCAAAGCCAAUCACGUCAGUGGAAAUUUGUUUUCGGAAAUGAAACAAAGCAAACCAGAUAAUUUUAUUUUGCUGUAAAUGGAAUUGAUUGAGUCCUAGUCCAUUAUUCUUUGGGCGCGAUUUGACUUUUCAUGUUUUUCAACUGUAUUUCUCUAUUCCUUUUCUGUUUCGCCGUGCUCCCCUUCCGUCAUGGCGUCUAUUUGACUGAUAGAAGAAGCAUCAGCGAAAACAACUGUCGUUUUUAAAAGGCACGCCUCGUUCAAUACACAGGUUCUUUUUA